AUGACGGUCACCUACACCUCCCGGGUGGCCACGGCGCGAUUCGGGGGCUUCUCUCAGCUGCUGCUGCUGUGGCGGGGGAGCAUCUACAAACUCCUCAUCUACAAACUCCUGUACCGGGAACUCCUCCUCUUCCUCACCGCCUACCUGGGGCUCAGCCUGGCCUACAGGUUUUUGCUGUCCGAGUCCCAGCGCCGCCUGUUCGAGAAGCUGGUGCUGUACUGUGACAAAUCGGCCAACCUGAUCCCCGUGUCCUUCGUGCUCGGGUUCUACGUGGCGCUGGUCCUGGAGCGCUGGUGGGGUCAGUUCCGGACGGUUCCGGCUCCGGACGGGCUCAUGGUGGCCGUGGCCGGCAGCGUCCACGGCUCGGACGCGCGGGGGCGGCUGCUGCGCCGGACACUGCUGCGCUACGGGAGCCUGGCCGCGCUCCUCGUCCUCAGAGCGGUCAGCACGCCCGUCUACAAACGAUUCCCCACCACUGACCACCUGGUACAGGCCGGGUUCCUGACGCGCGAGGAGCGGCGCCGGCUGGAGGGGCUGCGCUCCCCCUACAACAAAUUCUGGGUUCCCUGCGCCUGGUUCGGGGCGCUGGCGGGGCAGGCGCGGAGAGAGGGGAGAGUCAGGGACGACUGCGCCCUAAAACUGCUCAUGGAGGAGCUGAACCGGUUCCGGGCCCACUGCAGCCUCCUGUUCCACUACGACUGGAUCAGCGUCCCACUGGUGUACACACAGGUGGUGACCAUCGCCGUGUACACCUUUUUCCUCACCUGUCUGAUCGGGCGGCAGUUCCUGGACCCCUCCCAGGGUUACGCGGGGCACGAGCUGGACCUGGGCGUGCCCGUGUUCACCUUGCUGCAGUUCUUCUUCUACGUGGGCUGGCUCAAGGUGGCGGAGCAGCUCAUUAACCCUUUCGGGGAGGAUGAUGAUGAUUUCGAGACCAACACCCUCAUCGACAGGAACUUCCAGGUGUCGAUGCUGGCUGUGGACGAGCUCUACGGGGAGGUUCCGGAGCUGGAGCGGGAUCGUUACUGGGGGACCCCCGCCCCCCGCGCCCCCUACACGGCAGCGGCCGCGCCCCCCCGGCACCCCGCCUUCCGCGGCUCCGCCUUCGACGUCACCCUGGCCAAGGAGGAGAUGCAAUUCCAACCCCUGGAGGAAAUCGGGGACCCCCUCGGGGAAAUCGGGGACCCCCUGGACCGAAGGAUCCCGGCCGGCUCAGGCACGAAGGGUCCCGGGAGGAUCCAAGGACGGUCCGGGAAGGGUCCGGGAAGGAUCCCGGCCGGCUCAGGCACGGAGGAGCUGGGGACGAUCCCGGGAGGAUCCACGGAGGGUCCAGGAAGGAUCCCGGGAGAAUCCCGGCUGGCUCAGCUGCAGAGGAGCUGGGGACAAUCCCGGGAGGAUCCACGGAGGGUCCAGGGAGGAUCUGUGGAAGGUCCAGGGAGGAUCCCGGGAGAAUCCCGGCCGGCUCAGCUGCAGAGGAGCUGGGGACAAUCCCGGGAGGAUCCACGGAGGGUCCAGGGAGGAUCUGUGGAAGGUCCAGGGAGGAUCCCGGGAGAAUCCCGGCCGGCUCAGCUGCAGAGGAGCCGGGGAGGAUCCAGGGAGGGUCCCGGGGAGGAUCCACAGAGGGUCCAGGAAGGAUCCCGGGAGAAUCCCGGCUAGAUCAGCUGCAGAGGAGCUGGGGACAAUCCCGGGAGGAUCCACGGAGGGUCCAGGGAGGAUCUGUGGAAGGUCCCGGGCGGAUCCUGGCCAGCUCAGCCACGGAGGGUCCUGGGAGGAUCCACGGAGGGUCCUGGGAGGAUCCACGGAGGGUCCCAGGAAGAUUCACGGAGGGUCCCAGGAAGAUCCACGGAGGGUCCCAGGAGGAUCCCGGGAAGGAUCCUGUCUGUCUCAGCCCCAGACGGUCCCAGGAGGGUGCCAGGAGGAUCCCCUGAGGAUC